GAGCCCCGGGAGCUGUAGCCGCUGCAGCCGCCACCGCCGCGGGGCGAGGUUGCCGCCAUGGCCCGCUGGAUCCCGACGAAGAGGCAGAAGUACGGGGUUGCGAUCUACAACUACAAUGCCUCUCAAGAUGUGGAGCUCUCCCUGCAGAUUGGAGACACAGUUCACAUCCUGGAGAUGUAUGAUGGUUGGUACAGAGGAUAUACCCUCCAAAAUAAAUCUAAAAAGGGUAUCUUCCCUGAAACAUAUAUCCAUGUGAAAGAGGCAACUGUGGAAGAUCGAGGGCAGCACGAGACCGUGAUUCCCGGGGAGCUGCCGCUGGUGCAGGAGCUCACGUCCACGCUGCGAGAAUGGGCUGCCAUCUGGCGCAAGCUCUAUGUGAACAACAAGGUCACACUCUUCCGCCAGCUACAGCAGAUGACGUACAGCCUGAUCGAGUGGCGCUCUCAGAUCCUGUCUGGAACACUCCCCAAGGACGAGCUGGCAGAGCUCAAGAAGAAGGUCACAGCCAAGAUCGAUCAUGGGAACAGAAUGCUUGGAUUAGAUUUGGUCGUGCGAGAUGACAAUGGGAACAUCUUGGACCCAGAUGAAACCAGCACCAUUGCCCUCUUCAGGGCCCAUGAAAUAGCCUCAAAAAGGAUUGAGGAAAAGAUCCAAGAAGAAAAGUCAAUGCUGCAGAGCCUGGACCUGCGGGGCCAGUCCAUCUUCAGCGCUGUCCACACGUAUGGCCUCUACGUGAACUUCAAGAACUUCGUCUGCAACAUCGGUGAAGACGCGGAGCUGUUCAUGGCCCUCUACGACCCCGACCAAUCCACCUUCAUCAGUGAGAACUAUCUAAUUCGUUGGGGCAGUAAUGGAAUGCCCAAGGAGAUAGAGAAGCUCAAUAACCUUCAAGCAGUCUUUACCGACCUCAGCAGCACAGACCUUAUCCGGCCCCGCAUCAGCCUCGUGUGCCAGAUCGUCCGGGUGGGUCACAUGGAGCUGAAGGAGGGCAAAAAGCACACCUGUGGACUCCGAAGGCCCUUUGGGGUUGCAGUGAUGGAUAUUACUGAUAUCAUACAUGGGAAGGUGGAUGAUGAAGAAAAGCAGCAUUUUAUUCCCUUUCAGCAAAUUGCAAUGGAAACGUAUAUCCGGCAGAGGCAGCUAAUCAUGUCACCGCUGAUAACAUCCCACGUGAUUGGGGAAAAUGAGCCACUCACUUCAGUCUUGAAUAAAGUGAUAGCAGGGAAGGAAGUGAAUCACAAAGGACAAGGACUUUGGGUGUCCUUGAAACUAUUGCCUGGGGAUCUCACGCAGGUUCAGAAGAAUUUUUCACACUUGGUGGACAGAUCAACAGCAAUAGCCCGGAAAAUGGGCUUUCCAGAAAUAAUUCUUCCAGGAGAUGUCCGGAAUGACAUUUACGUCACCCUGAUCCAUGGCGAGUUUGACAAGGGGAAAAAGAAGACGCCAAAGAACGUGGAGGUGACCAUGUCUGUGCACGAUGAAGAAGGCAGACUCCAGGAGAAAGCAAUUCAUCCUGGUGCUGGAUAUGAAGGCAUUUCAGAGUACAAAUCAGUCGUCUAUUACCAAGUCAAGCAGCCGUGUUGGUACGAGACAGUCAAGGUAUCCAUUGCUAUAGAAGAAGUCACCCGCUGCCAUAUAAGAUUUACCUUCAGACACAGGUCAUCUCAAGAAUCCAGAGAUAAAUCGGAGCGAGCAUUUGGGGUGGCCUUCGUGAAACUGAUGAACCUGGACGGCACCACUCUGCAGGAUGGGAGGCACGACCUGGUGGUGUAUAAGGGUGACAACAAGAAAAUGGAAGACGCUAAGUUCUACCUCACCCUUCCUGGAACCAAGUUAGAGAUGGAAGAGAAAGAGCUGCAGGCAUCCAAAGCCCUGAGCAGCUCUGCUGCAGCCAAGGACAGCACGAAGGACAGCUUUCAGGUUGCCACCCUCAUCUGCUCCACAAAGCUCACCCAGAAUGUUGACCUGUUGGGCUUGUUAAACUGGCGUUCCAACUCUCAGAAUAUUAAGCACAACUUAAAGAAGUUAAUGGAGGUGGAUGGAGGAGAAAUUGUGAAGUUUUUGCAAGAUACACUAGAUGCACUUUUUAACAUAAUGAUGGAAAUGUCUGACAAUGACACUUAUGACAUCCUUGUGUUUGAUGCACUGGUAUUUAUUAUUUCACUGAUCGGAGACAUCAAGUUCCAGCAUUUUAAUCCUGUCCUUGAAACCUACAUUCACAAGCACUUCAGUGCCACUUUGGCAUAUGUGAAGCUCUCCAAGGUACUGAACUUAUAUGUGGCAAGUGCAGAUGACACUGAAAAGACGGAAAUGCUUUUUGCUGCUUUGAAAGCCUUAAAGUACUUAUUUAGAUUUAUCAUCCAGUCUAGAGUACUCUACCUAAGAUUUUAUGGACAGAGCGAAAAUGGAGAUGAGUUUAACAAUUCCAUCCGCCAGCUAUUCCUUGCUUUCAAUACGCUCAUGGACAGGCCUCUGGAGGAAGCUGUCAAGAUAAAGGGAGCAGCUCUGAAGUACCUUCCUAGCAUAAUUAAUGAUGUCAAACUUGUGUUUGAUCCUAUGGAGCUCAGUGAGCUCUUCUGCAAGUUCAUUCAGAGCAUUCCUGACAACCAGUUAGUUCGCCAGAAACUCAACUGCAUGACCAAGAUAGUAGAGAGCAACCUUUUUCGGCAGGCAGAGUGCAGGGAUACUCUGCUGCCACUGCUGAUAGACCAGCUCAGCGGCCAGCUAGAUGACCGCUCCAGCAAGCCUGACCAUGAGGCCAGCUCGCAGCUCCUGAGCAACAUCCUGGAAGUGCUAGACAGGAAGGACGUGGGUCCCACAGCAAAGCACGUGCAGCAGGUGAUGGAACGGCUUCUGAGAAGGAUCAACCGGACCGUGAUUGGAAUGAGCCGGGAGUCCCCCCACAUUGGGAGUUUCGUGGCGUGCAUGAUCGCCAUCCUGCGCCAGAUGGAUGACAGCCACUACAGCCACUACAUCAGCACGUUCAAAACGAGGCAAGACAUAAUGGACUUCCUCAUGGAAACGUUUAUCAUGUUUAAGGAUCUGAUUGGGAAGCAUGUCUAUGCCAAGGAUUGGAUGGUCAUGAAUAUGACGCAGAACAGGGCUUUCCUCCGUGCUAUCAACCAAUUUGCCGACGUUCUCACCAGACGCUUUAUGGAUCAGAAAAGCUUUGAACUUCAGCUCUGGAACAAUUACUUCCAUUUGGCAGUCGCAUUUCUCACCCAUGAAUCCCUCCAGCUUGAAACCUUCUCACAAGCCAAGCGCAACAAAAUUGUUAAAAAAUAUGGAGACAUGAGAAAGGAAAUUGGCUUUAGAAUCCGGGACAUGUGGUAUAACCUGGGUCCCCACAAGAUGAAAUUCAUCCCAUCCAUGGUGGGAUACAUUUUGGAGGUCACACUGACCCCUGAAGUCGAGCUGCGGAAAGCCACCAUUCCCAUUUUUUUUGAUAUGAUGCAGUGUGAGUUCAAUUUCAGUGGAAAUGGCAAUUUCCACAUGUUUGAGAAUGAGUUGAUCACAAAGCUGGACCAAGAAGUAGAAGGGGGAAGAGGAGAUGAACAAUACAAGGUCCUUCUGGAAAAACUGCUCCUGGAACACUGCCGGAAACACAAAUACCUGUCCACUUCCGGAGAAAUCUUCGUGCUCCUGGUCAGCAGCCUCCUGGAGAAUCUCCUGGACUACAGGACCAUCAUCAUGCACGACGAGAGCAAGGAAAACCGCAUGAGCUGCACCGUUAACGUGCUGAAUUUUUAUAAAGAAAAGAAGAGACAGGACAUAUUCAUCAGGUACUUGUACAAGCUGAGGGAUUUGCACCGCGACUGUGAGAAUUACACAGAAGCUGCCUAUACGCUCCUCUUGCACGCUGAGCUUCUGCAGUGGUCUGACCAGCCCUGUGACUCCCAGCUGCCUCAGAGAGCCAAUUACAAUGUUUCUACCCAGCAGGAGCUUAAAGAGAAGUUGUAUCAAGAAAUCAUAUCUUAUUUUGACAAAGGCAAAAUGUGGGAGAAGGCGAUCAAACUUAGCAAAGAGUUGGCUGAGACUUAUGAGAGCAAAGUGUUUGACUACGAGGGCCUUGGCAAUCUCUUGAAAAAAAGAGCCUCGUUUUAUGAGAACAUCAUUAAGGCAAUGAGGCCUCAGCCAGAAUACUUUGCGGUUGGAUACUACGGACAGGGCUUCCCUUCUUUCCUGCGGAAUAAAAUCUUCAUCUACCGGGGGAAGGAGUAUGAGAGGCGAGAAGACUUCAGCCUGAGAUUGCUGACGCAGUUCCCCAAUGCAGAGAAGAUGACCAGCACCACGCCCCCGGGAGACGAAAUCAAGACCUCCCCAAAGCAGUAUAUGCAGUGUUUCACCGUGAAGCCAGUCAUGAGCCUGCCACCUAGCUAUAAAGACAAACCAGUUCCAGAGCAGAUCUUAAAUUACUACAGAGCCAAUGAAGUACAGCAGUUCAGCUAUUCCCGGCCCUUCCGGAAAGGAGAAAAGGACCCAGACAACGAGUUUGCUACCAUGUGGAUCGAAAGGACCACGUAUACAACUGCGUACACCUUUCCUGGGAUCCUCAAGUGGUUUGAAGUCAAACAGAUUUCAACAGAGGAAAUCAGUCCUCUGGAGAACGCCAUAGAGACCAUGGAGCUCACCAACGAGAGGAUUAGCAACUGCGUGCAGCAGCACACCUGGGACCGCUCUCUCCCCGUGCACCCCCUUUCCAUGCUGCUCAGCGGCAUCAUCGACCCUGCUGUUAUGGGGGGAUACUCCAACUAUGAAAAGGCUUUUUUUACAGAAAAGUACUUGCAAGAGCAUCCCGAAGACCAGGAGAAGAUCGAGCUGCUGAAACAACUGAUCGCAUUACAGAUGCCUUUGCUAUCAGAGGGAAUCCGCAUCCAUGGAGAGAAGCUGACGGAGCAGCUCAAGCCACUGCAUGACCGGUUGUCUUCCUGCUUCCGGGAACUCAAGGAGAAAGUCGAAAAGCUCUAUGGGGUUAUAACUCUGCCCCCCAACUUGACUGAGAGGAAGCAGAGCCGCGCGGGAUCCAUGGUCCUGCCCUACAUCAUGUCGUCUACUCUGCGGAGAUUGUCCAUCACCUCGGUGACUUCCUCUGUGGUUUCCACCUCCUCAAACUCAUCGGAUAAUGCUCCUUCUAGGCCAGGAUCUGAUGGGUCAGUUCUGGAGCCACUUCUGGAGCGCAGGGCCUCGUCAGGCGCCAGAGUUGAAGAUCUGCCCCUCAAAGAGGACGGUGAAAACCGAAUCAGCAAGUUGAAGAGAAAAGACUGGGGCCUGAGCAAGUCCCAGGUCAUCGCAGAGAAAGCUCCGGAACCUGAUCUGAUGAGCCCAUCCAGAAAAACACAGAGGCCAAAGAGUCUCCAGUUGGUGGACAGUCGGCUGACACCAUUUCAUGCUUCUUCACCUCCUCAGUCAAUGCCCCUGAGUCCGCCUCCACUCACUCCUAAAGCUGCCAGGACUCUAAGUUCUCCAUCAUUGCAGACAGAUGAGCUGAUGACUGCUACCAUCCCACCUCCUCCGCCCCCCAAGAGCAGCCAGAGGAAUUCCACAGAGAUCGCUCCCCCACUACCUGUCCGAAGAGAAGCCAAAGUCCCACCCCCACCCCCUCCAAAAGCCCGGAAGUCUGGUGUCCUUUCUGUGGAGCCUGGAUCCCAGUGAGGACCACUCUUCCCUCAGGACCUGAUGCGCCUUGGAGAGCUAACACCUGGGAUUGGCCUCCAGGGGGCAGUGUCCGCACCUCACCCUGCACCCUGCGCACUUGUUUUCCUGCCUGGGAUGAGGUUCACCAGCUCCAAACUAGUUUUGUUCUUUUGAAAUCUUUCUCUUUGAAGGGUGCCUGAGGCCAGGAAAUAUCUCCAGUCCAUGUGGAAUUUCAGAACGGGCCAUAACCUGUACAUUUCUCAAAGGAGAGGCCUUCCUUGUCAUCAUGAAGUCACAGCCCCCGGUGCGGAGGCCCGAGGACCUGCUGGUGCUCGAGAAGCGCUGUGAAGGCCGUGCAGCCACCCGCUGUGGGUUGGAGGCCUUUCUUGUUUGCUUCUGAAAAGCUGUUCCGCAGACAUACCACACUCCAUCAUAGAUAAAUACUGAAAGAGACAGACCACACAUAUACUCUGGGCCUCAAAAUAAUAGAUCCUUCUAAUGUAGCUCCUUUGAGGAAAACAACACCUUUUACUGGACAAUGAGUGCUUUCAACUAUAAAGAGCUACACUGCUGAAAGAGCAUGGACUCAGCCCUGAGCCCUGAGCUCCUGCGUCCCCUGACCGCCCCUCCCUGAGUCUGCCCUUCUCACACUCCUGGCUCAUGGCCUUCCCUGUAUCCCAGCAGCUACUCCCUGCAGGACUCCUGAAGCUCUUUCUUCAAACACACUUUUCUAUUCCUGUUGCCUCCUUUGGGCACAAAUCACUGGAUUUAAGGAACUCAGAAGCCUGGGAUAAACAGCUUCUCUUCCAGAUCCCGAUUGCAUGGCUCAGAGUCCCCCAUCUGCAGCCUGGUUUACCUGGAUAAUACAGUGCAAUAUCCCCCCUUGGUUAUUUAUUCAUCUUGAUUGUGGAGUUAAUUUGAUGACGUGUAUGGUACUAAUGCCAGUACUUCUUUCAAAAGAAAAAAGGGAUGAUGUAUGAGCAAAUACUAUCUGCGCAGACACGCAAGUUACAAGGCAUUUUGAUCUGGGAAGGCUUCCAGGUUCAUUUAAGCAACUCCCUCUUUGGAGAUAGUAGUAAUUGAGUCUAAACACAGGAAAUCACAGGAUUAAGACCUCAUUAGGAUUCUCACUAAUAACUCAGCUUGCUAAUUUAGACUUUAUCCUGGUACCACUUAGAUCCAGUAUGCAAAUUUGACACUUUACUACCUGUCUCUAGUUGGGACAACAGUGGAAUGUUCCAGAUCUGCCUGUACUCUUGGGUAUUUAUAGCAAAUAGAAAAUUUGAUUGUGGAUCCCCUACAUCAGCAGGUGGCAGAGUUACCUACUGGGUCAGGGCCUUGCCCAGACCCAUCCUUCCAGCGAGAGCGAGGACAGCAAUUUCAGCUCUAAGAAUCUAGAUCUGCUUGCUGGCCUUUGUGUGCCAACACCCUCUUCUGGAAUGAGACUCUAACUCAUUACAGGGUCAAGGAAGCAAAACUCUGAGAUGUGUCCAGAAAGACUCCCUAAAUUAGUGUGUGUAUUAUAGAAGUGUUGAGGGGAAGUAGGUCCUUCACCCCUACAGUCUUCCUCCACACCCUCUCUAGAGCCUACAAUAUGGUGUAAUGGAAAGAAACUGGGCUUUGGAAUUAAACCCAUUUGGUCGCACUUCAUCUCUGCCAUGUCAUCUAUUAACUUUGGAAACACCUACAAAGUAUUUGAAAUGCGCUGAGCUUUCCUUUCCUUGCCUUUGAAAAAUGGUGAUACUAUCUGCUGCACAGGUGUUGUGAGGUUCAAGUGAGAUGGAAAUGUGAAGUAGCAGAUUCACAGAAUGGUCCUUAAUUUUCCCUGCUGGGCCUGAGUAUGCUCGAUCCCUCCCAGUGUAUUAUUGGCAUUCCUUACCUUUUUUUGUUUGUUGUUGUUAAAGGGUAACUUAAAAUGCAGUUUCGUUGUGCACAUACAAUCCCUCUCCAAAAGGUGGGGUCUGUUGGAGUCUUUGCCAUUGUUUUGCUAUUCAUGACUAGAAAGCAAUGAGUUCGUAAGAACUGAAAAGGAUUUCAGCUCAACGAAGAAGGAAGGAAGCAACACAGGAGUUGUUCCGGGCUUAUGUGGAGGCUGGGUAACUUCUCAGAAGUUGCCUGACCGGAAGGGAUUCCUAUUCCCCACCCUACUUGUUCAGGCUUCCAUUAAAAUACAAAGAUAUAAACUGAGUCACACACACAAAUCAAGCCAGUCCUUUGAGGGCCGGAGGGGUGAGACCUGAAGUGGGAUCUUGGAUCAGAGGCUGGGAACGUCUGAUCCACCAACACCCAGAGACCUUCCCUUUUUAAAUACUGUUUAUUUUCCAUCUGAUUCACUUUCCACAUUAAUGAAAAUAUUAGCUCUCUCUUUCCUGAACACAAGGUAUUUAUUUACAGGUAAUGUAAAUAAUAAAUUACAGGAGGCAUUGGAAGGUUUAUCUCCUGAGGAAGCUGCUGGGUAAAAAGAAAUCAGAUUUGAGAAAAAUUCAUGAAUAGUAUCUGGCCUGAAAUCAAAAAGGAAGACUACAGAGAAAUGUUGUGUUAUGAUUACCUUAAAUACUGGAGAGAUAUGGACAGGGAACAAAAAGAAAGAACUGGCCUUUCUGUUCUUGAAAAGAACGCUGAAGUAUGGAAAGACAUUGCAGGGAGCCCCCAGACUCAGUCUGGUGGCCACUGUGACCCAGUACCAGUCACCACACUGGGCCCUGAGGAUGCAGAGUGCUCUGUGUUCAGUGCGCUGCCUGGGAAGUGUGACUGGGAAGUGAGUGGUGUGAGGGGAAGUCACCUCAGCCGGGCAAGGAUGCCCCCCUCCAUUUUCUUGUAAGGAGAGGCUGUUCCCACUUCAAAAACAGAAGUCAGGCUUGGAGAUAACAAUCUACUAUUGUGAAUUUUCCAGGCUAUCAGGCCCUGCUCCUCUAAUUGCCUCGAAUCAUGAGAUGAUUUCUUACUUAAAAAUUGAGAUGUGACAAGUCUUAGAUGUACAGAUGGAUGCAUUUUUACAUAGAUACACAACCUCUGUCACCGUCUGUCAGGACAGAGAGAGACUGCUUCUGUGUUGC